AUGUUGCCCCGUAUGCAGACCCUCCUGUCCACCAUCCUCAUUGCGAUCGCGUGCGUCGCCCCCGUCGCUCAAGCUGCACCCUCGGCAGAUGCUGGCUUCGAUCUUUCCACCCGCAACGUCUACAGAGUCGGAAAGCGUGGCCUGGAAAUCGAAGCUUUCUACCCCGCUUCAGAAUUCGAGACCUUUGGCGAAGGUCUUGAGCUUCCUUCCCAUCUCCAACGCCGAGCACCCCAGACCUUGGACGACGAAGCGGUUGAAUUCGUUGCUGAUAGGUUGAAGGUCGACCGCGGUUCCAUUCGCUACAGGAGCGGUUACACUGCCGGCAAGUUGAGGCAUGCUUACGUUCGACAGUCGCAUGACGGUAUUCCCUUCGCCAACGCAGUCGCCAACGUCGCCUUCAAGGACAACAAGGUCGUUUCUUUCGGCACUUCGUUCGUCAAACCACGACGGUUCGCAUCUUCCACUCCUACCAUCAACGUCCAGGACUACCUCCCUGCUGUUGAGGAGAUUUUGGACGGAAAGUACAACGAUCAUCCCACGCGCUUGGAGUACCUCGCUCGCCCUGACGGCACGGCUUCCCUCGUUUACGCGGCUCAGAUCGAGAACGUAGAAGACAACAAGUGGUAUGAAGCUUACAUUGACGCGCACAACGGAGAGCUUCUCUCUGUUGUGGACUUCACUGCCGAUGCUACUUAUCGCGCCUUGCCCAUCACCAAGCAAGCCUACCCCGAUGGUCUCGAACUCAUCGUCGACCCUCAAGACUCUUUGGCCUCACCCUCGGGCUGGCACGCAAGCGGCUCCACCCUGAACACCUCUGGCAACAACGUCAUCUCAUUCAAGGGCAGCCAGUCGAGUCUCACCUCCCAGUCAUCCGCCAACACCUUCAACUACUCCUACAACGACGCCCAGUCCCCCAGCGUGCAGUCCAACGUCGAUGCGGCCCGCGUCAAUGCUUUCUACGUCCUCAACGUCGUCCACGACUUCACCUACCGAUAUGGCUUCACUGAGGCUGCGUUCAACUUCCAGAACGACAACUUUGGAAAGGGUGGACGAGGGAACGAUCGAGUGACUGUUAGUGUUCAGGAUAGCUCUGGUACGAACAACGCCAACUUUGCUACGCCUCCUGACGGUCAAUCUGGACGAUGCCGAAUGUACAUCUGGACUCGUACCACUCCAAACCGAGACGGUUCCCUCCAGAACGAUAUCUUGGUCCACGAAGUCGGCCACGGUAUUACGAACCGAAUGACUGGCGGUGGAAGUGGUAGCUGCUUGCAAACUACCGAAUCUCGUGGUCUCGGAGAGGGCUGGUCUGAUGCUUUGGCGAUGUGGACUCAGCAGAAGGACGGUGUUGUCCGCGACUACGUGUUGGGAGACUACGUCUACAACAACCCAGGUGGUAUCCGAACGCGACCAUACUCCACCAGCUCGACUACCAACCCUCAGACCUAUGCCAGCGCUCGUGGUCAGACUUCCGUCCACCGUAUCGGUGAGGUCUGGGCCAACAUGCUCCACAACGUGUAUGCUGCACUUGUGGCGGAACAUGGCUGGUCUGCUACUGCCAGGACCAACCCCAACGGAACGGAGGGUAACGUCGUCUGGAUGCACCUCUUCAUCGACUCGUUGGCUCUGCAACCUUGCAACCCCACAUUCGUCGCUGCUCGAAACGCCUGGAUUCAAGCUGACGCUAACCGAUACGGUGGCCGCAACCGAUGCUUGCUCUGGCGUGUAUUCGCUAGCAAGGGUCUUGGCGUCAACGCUUCUGGAUACACUGAUAACACCGCUGUUCCGGCUGGAUGCUAA